AUGUUAAAAACAUGGCUUUCCAGGUCUAUACCUCUCCCAAUAUCCUGUCAUAUCGACUUGAAUGACCCGGGGGAACGCGGAGAUGAACCAGAGCACAGCAUCAUAGCCUUGCUCAUAAGAGAUUCUCAUCGGUGGCUCGAUAUCACUUUCAGGUUGGGUCGAAGACCCGAUCUUUACUAUAAUAUUGCCACAAUCCAAAGCCCUCUCCCGUUGCUACGUUUCUUCGAGAUUUCAGCCAACUUAGGGUCUGCUAGUAAUCGCCUCACAUCCUAUGAAAAUUCGACGUUCGCAUCUGCCCCAAACUUGGCCGAGGUUCUCAUCGAUGUCAAUGUUGAUGCACGUUCACCUCUUCGUUUUCCAUGGCACCAACUGCGACUUUAUCACUGCUCGAACAUGAACUUGUUCCUUGAAACGGCCGUCGAUUUGCAGAACCUUACCCAUCUCAUUUUAUUCCAGUCUUUCCACGAUUUUUCGACUGCUUCUCCCCAGCAAGUCUCGCUGGCGAGAUUGCGUCGCUUGGAGAUAGACUUGCAGUACACAGCGCCAGUGGCAGACCUUCUGGAUAUCAUGUUCCUUCCAUCUCUUCAAGAGCUCAAAGUCGAGUCGUCUGGUCUUAGUGCCGAGUCCAUUCUGUCGUCAAUCGGUCAUCUUCAGCAACGCAGCUCAUGUCGACUGAAGCAAUUAUUUGUUUCGGUGGAGAUUAUUAGUAUGUUGCUUAGUCGGCCAGAGCUUGGGAAAUCCCUCGACGCCGUCGAAGAGCUCCAUAUCCGUUUCGACCCCCUGACACCCGAUGCGGGUCUGAAGUUUCUUCAUGACCGGUCUGCUUUUCCUCGUUUGAAGGCUCUGUAUCUCGUCGUACACCUGCUUCAUACAUAUGUCCAUCCUGACGAUAACCCUUGCUUUGACGAAAUUGCCGACGUGGUUACGGCGAGGAGAAUUCCGAACCAAUGGGAUGUUCAGCUUGAACGUGUGUCGCUCGAUACUGCGACGAUGUACAACUCUGAAUUCUACGGGUGGAGAAAACCAAGGAUUCCUGCCAGUGUAAGAGGAAUUCGGCGGGUGACCGAGUUGCAGUCGCAGGGACUGGUGUUACUCGAGUCCAUUGUUGAUGGUACGUUGUGUCCGGUUCUCAAAAUUGCCAAACUUUGGGACCGUCAACGCGUAGACCGGGAUGCGGCUCGGUAUCUGUUAUGA